AUGUCAUCAUACCAGCUUGCGAGGCCAAGUGACGGUGCUCUGCGCACUGCUUUGCAGGCUGUGCUGGCAACAUCGCAGGCACCGCCACUGGCGUCUCAGCCAUCUGCAAGAAAGGUGACCUGGCGCACUCGACGCAUCGUCGAGGAGCUCAAGGCGCUGAAAGGUGUUGAGGAGCUCUCCUCCUACGAAGCGGAGCUUCGAGGCCUAGUGGACGUGCAAGAGACACGGUGUCGCCUGAAGCUUGUCAACCAUGCAUACGAGGACGAGUGCGCCUUAAGCGGAGUGGAGGAUCUUCUGGCAGGCGAAGCAGCUGAGCGCCGUGUUUUGACGAAAAAUUUCUAUGCUACUGUACUGCCCCCGUACGAGGUCCUUUAUCUGCACUUGCAGGAGGAGCUCGCGCGGCGGUCGCUGCGCUGCCACGAGCGUGCCACCUGGCGCGCGCUGCACCUACGUGCUUACAGCUCGCGCCUCGGCCUCGCGGAGGCUGACGACCGCGCCGCACUUGGCGCGAUGGAAGAGUGCUCACGCGAGGAGCUCAAGAACCGCCGCCUUAUUGAGCUAGGCAGCCAGCUUCAGCGUGAACUUGUCGCUCAGAGUCGUUUUGCCGGUCACUCGCGAUGUGUCGACCAUUCAAAAACUGUAGAACGUGCGCGACGACAGUUGGAGUGGCAAGAAGAGAUGGAUCGGGUCACAGUGGAGCGACUGUCUGCACUACACAUCAUGCUGCUGCUGCAAGACGCCAAGGUGGAUUUCUCCGCCGCGAUCCAGAGAGAUGUCAUCCGGCUCUCCGUAGCGAGCCGCGCAACAACGCAGCAGGCGCACUUGGCGGACUGCAAGGAGCGCAUACUCACCUGCCUUGAGCAGGAGCAGCGACUUCGACGUAUGGUAGAGGAACAGGAGCACGCUGGUUUCAAGACCGUGACGCAGGCAUUUCUUCUCGGCUGGCGGGCAGUGUACAAGCAGAUCACAAAGGAUCCCGAUGUGGCAAACGUCUUUAGCAAGAUUGAGCUGCUCAUUCGCCGUGACAUUGUUGACCAGCGAAGGUUGGAAUUUAGCUCUCUGGUACUCGCGUCUCAGGAGCAGAUGUCCGUGUUGACACGGUACCAGAUCGAGCGUCGGGCCUUGUGUCAGCACUACAUAGACGGUGCUCGCGCCAUCAGCGAUGAAGAGAACAGGGAGGUAAAUGACUUCUUUCGUGGCCACCACGUAUGGCGGGGUGAGCAGGCCUCCCUGCAUCGCGCCACUGUGCUGUCAACGGAAGAGGUGGCUGUCCGCCGCGCCAUACGCGGAGCAGAGGCGCAGGAGCGGCUUGUGUACAGGCUACAGUACCUUAUGGAGAGGCUUCAGCUCCAAUCCAAAGAAGCACGGGGGCGUGUUGCCGAGGAGGAGGAGCGCUGCCUCGAUGCACUCCGUGAGCAAUACGUGCAGAUCUUCUUUAUUCAGGGCACGGAGACGCUCUUCGACGGCGAGCGAGUUGAGCGCAUGCUCAUCGAGCGCGAUGAGUCGGCCGAAGCCGUCGACAUGUUUCUGCCGCUGCGGCAAGCGCUUAUACAUUCUCUAGUAUCGGACGCGUGUCGCCCUCUGUCAAGGUUGGAGGACGAAUUCCGCGCACGUGUGAUGGUUGAGGAGGCGCGUGAUCGACGCAGCCUCAUACGCCAGCAAGUGGCGCUCUCAGAAACAGUGAAUCGCAUUGGUCUCUUCAAACUUGAACACAGAUUUUGGCAGGACAUCAUCGCUGCACGAGUGUCCGCGCUGGAGGGCGACGAGCGUAGACGCCUUUGCACUUCCGCAGUGGCAGAGAUGCUACUUAUGCAGCAAGAUGUGCUGGAGGACUGGGAGUGUGCGAGUCGACAGUAUCUCUGUAAAUCUGAGGCACUCGUGCGGGAAGGCCUUGCGCUCACCAACGUAUUACCUGCAAGGUCAUCAUCGUGGUUCCUGACAGAUGUGACGGACAUGUGGGGCGCGUUGGAGGCGGACUGGGGCGAUGCGGCAUCUGAUACAGCUACGUGGAUCGCAAACUCGCCGCUACACGGCCCUUCCUCACUAACGUGCUCUUCAACUCUCCGCUGCGAGGAUGUACUGGUAGACGCGUACUUGGAGCGCGAUUUGAUCCACUUCAUGGAGCAUCGCGAGUGGUUACAGUUCGUGCACGACGCAAGGAAGACAGACUCCGCAGCGGAGAGCAGCGCUGUCGAUCCGCCUUGCUGGAAGCUGCACAGUUUGUCGAUGCGACUGGAGUCCCAACAGCGUGCCUCUUCCAUUAACGUGUGGCACUCGGACAACUCUUUCGACGUGAGCUUUCCGCUUGUGCAGUCCUCCAAUGAGGCAAUUGUUAGUGGGCGCACAAUAUCCUUUUACGAACCAGACACAGGAGCGACGGCGGCGCUAAUACAGCGCGACACUGGCGCUGGCAUGGUCUUUUUCCUUAUUCUGGACGACGAGGGCACAGUGCUGGCGUCUGCCACGAUGGCGAUCGAGAUGGCGCCCAUGUGCACCGCACACUUGUGCAUCGCCCUUGACAACAUUAGGGGAUUUAUUCGCCUUGUUUGA